CCACAAAAGCAAGAACUCAAGCAGCAUCCACAAGAAACAGUGCAACGUCAGGAGCUGAUGCCAACACAACCACAACAGCAGCAAGAGAAGCAGGCACAAGAACAGGUGGAGCAGCUGCAGCAGGAAGAUAUGCAUCAGUUUCAACUUCGGCACCAUGUGGUCACUGACAUACAGGUUGAAACACAAGCCAAACAGGCACCAGAACCCCAAGAAGAGACUUCACCUCAACACCAAGAUGUGAAUAAACCACCUUUCAGCUCCCAGGAGCUUCACAGCAAAAAAGCUCGGGCUGCGAAGAAUCGGCCCUGGCUUCAGAAACCAGCCUCAGAAGAGCAUAAAACUCCUGCUUCAGAACAAGAUUCCACUCAGGUCCCAACUCAGGCUACACAGACACAGCCAAAGUCAGACAGAGAAAUAGCUUCAGCCAAGGCUGUACAUCAGCCUCAGCCUGAGCGACACACCAAGGCUACUAGCCAGCCGCAUCUACAGCGAAAAGAGCAACAAAAGCAAACACAGCAACCUCAAAAUUUAGAUCAGCACCAAGAGCAGCUUCAACAGCAGCAGCAACAAAUACUGCAACAGGGAAAGCAGUACAAGCUGCAGCAACAGCAACUGGAACAACAAAAGCAACCACAGCCAACGCAGCCUAUCAUAAGCCAGGCACAACCAGAUUCAGACACCAAGGCUAAAUCCCAAACUGUCAAUGUGCUGCCUCAGUCCCAAGCUGAGUCACCAGACUUUUGCAUCAAACCUCUGGCCCUGGAUCAGGCACCUCCCCAGGCCUACACAGAGGCUUAUGCCAAGGCCCAGGCUUUGGCCAGAAAUGGCUUUGAAGAGGCCAAGCACUGUCUGCAGGAACACAUCCUGGAAGCCAUCAGCGUCUUCAGAGACAAACGCGUUUCACCUGAGCAAAAAUCAGUCAAAGAGAGGACUCUGAGGACUUUGGACCCAGAGUUGCUGGAGGAGUUCAUGAGAGCAGCCAAGGGCAUGGAGGCCUUUUGUACCCCCUCACAGCUCAAAGACUUGGAGUUCUUCACUCAGUCUGUCAGCGCACAGUGGGAGGCUUGCUUCUCAGAGGGGGGCAGCUUUGCUCAGGCAGGGCAGCACCUCGAGGCCUUGAAAGAGCUAUGUGCCACCCUGAGCCCCGAGGACGCUCACCGCCUGGCCCAGACUCAGCUGAGGGAAUGUGAGAAGAGGCUGGCUGCCAUCCAGCACCAGUUCAGCAGAGACCAAGAUGCACCACUCCCAGAUUCUAGGAUUCCUGUUGCCUUCAGUGAGGAUGUGACCACACAACAGGAGCCCACAAAACCAAAUGACAAACCUCAGGUCUCAGCUGAGGUGCCAAAAGAGACAGUGAAGCCGGUCAGUGGGGAGAAGAGAGAGGUUGAAAAACAGUCAUCUGCAGAGGAAGAAACCACUAAAAAGGAGGCUUUAGACAGAUAUGAGAAUUGUAAGAGGACUCUGAAAGCCCAGCUGGCUAAGAAUGAACAGAGCAUCAUGGAUAUCCCCUCUGACUCUGUAUCGCUUAAAGGCCUCCAUACACGGCUGCAGGAAAUACAGUUUUUGAGGCAGGAGACAGAGACUCUGUGGUCUGAAUAUGCAAACCAGUACUCCCAGUGUUCUCAUUUGAGUAAGAUCACUGGUCUGGAGCAAGAGAAGGCAGAGCUGCAGGAGCAGUGGCGCAGCCAACAGUCCAACCUUCAGAGGAGGGGCAGCUCUCUAGGCACCGCCCUCAGACAGAUCGACUCCACCGAGAACCACAUGGUGGACUUCACCGACCGUCUGGGCCGUUACCUCAGACAGCCCAAGGACAUCACUGGCUUCACUCUGACCAACACCAACAUCCUGAAGGAUAUUAAGGAACUGGACGACAACAUCCAGAGCGAGCUGGACCAGUUGUCCCGACUUGGCUCUGAAUGCAGCGAUCUGGACCCCAGAGACUGCUUCCCUCUGUCCCGUGAGGUCGAGACCCACAGGAGCAGCCUGGAUCAGCUCCCACAGCAGGUUCCGAAGAGCGAG